AUGAAACUUAAGUUGAUCCAGCUUGCCCCGAUUAUUCUACACCAUGGAAGCUUCAUUGGCCCGAUCACAUAUCUUCUGAGAGCGGUUGUGAAUGGUCAGGCGACCGGUCAGAUAGCGUCUCAGUAUAAGGUCUGUAUAUUUGCAAGAGCGGUAACCUACAUCAAUAGAUGGCUGCGUAUAUGUACGUCCAGAGAACUAGCACAAGCCCUAGAAGCUUCGAAGAAAAAGUACAUAACGGCUGCCCUCCGGUCAAUUCAGGAGCUUGAUAUUCUGCAAAAACCAAGCCUAUUAAUGCUCCAGUCUUUGCUUUUGGCAGUCAACCUGAUGCAAACUUUGGGUGAUACUACUCAAGCCUGGACUUUGACGGCUUUCGCGUCGAGACUCGUGGUGGCUUUGGGUUAUCAUAGCGUGGACGCAAGGAUGCUUGAAGAGUGUGACAGGAAUCAUGAAAUACGUCGUUGUAUACGAUGGUGCUACUACUAUGAUAAGGUUCUGAGUAUGCUUCUGGUGCGACCACCAUCCCUGCCGGCGCUGAGUGUUGAGCCAGCCUCCUUGCUUCUGCCAAGACAAGCAGACCCAUUAGAUAUGAAAGGCAAUAUCUUGAUCAAGCUGGCGCAUGUGCUGGAUGGUGCCCUUUCUGUCCUAACGCCUGGUGAUGGUAUUCCUGAUAACCAGGCGCUGGGAGCUAUCACGCGCUUAGAAGUCGAAUUGCAAGACAUAUGGGAGGAGUUGUGCGAGAUUUACCACGAUUUUGUCUUCUGCGGCCUUAUCCCGCAUCAAGGAGUGUAA